AUGAUUUCUUUGAUGACCUUUCUUGCUUUCUCCCCGAAGCGAGACAUUGAUACAUUGCGAAGGGUAUCUCUAAAUUCUGAUCGUCCGACAGAUUCUUUUUCGACUUCUACAAUCAGCCAGAAAAAUCAUUUGCUUCUAUUCCCGGCUGUCCAGACUUUGGCCAUCUGUCUUCUCAGAACUUGUCGCCUCGCCCUUCCUUUUUUUUCUUUCUUUUUUUCUCUUUCUUCCUUGAACUGGCUUUUCGCCCUUCCAUUAAAAUACGAACAACAUUCCCCAAGGGAAAUCAUUCAAUUUACAUCUUACCGGAAGCACAUUUUCCAAACAGGAAGUGACUGGCUCGCAACGACUAAUCAUUCUUUCGUGUCAGAAUUCAACGUAAUCUUUUGCUUUCUUCGUUUCCCCUUCUCUCUCAAACAGAAACUUUCUCCGUCUCUCUCCCUGUAUCUCCUCUCUCUCUCAUCCUAUCUGUGUAUAUUUGUCGCCUUAUUUCUUCCUCUCUCUAUCUUAGUCUCUCUAUCCUACUCUAUCUUCCCUCUCUCUCACCUUUUCUCUCUCUGUAUAACCUUACCUCUCACUCUCUCUGUACAUAUUUAUAUCCCUUCCUCAUAUAUCUUCCUCAUUCCUCCCUCUCUAUAUUCCUUCCGUUCCUCGCUCUCACACCAUUUCUCCAUCUCUCUACACGCCUCUCCCACACUCUCACCCUCUCUGCACCCAUCUCUCCCCUAUGUCUUUCUCCGUCUCUCUACCCGCCUCUCCCACUCUGAUCAUCUCUGUACACAUCUCUCCCCCUAUUUCUUUCUCCGUCUCUCUACCCGCCUCUCCUACUAUCUCAUCCUUUUUGUACACAUCUCUCUCCCUAUUUUUUUCUCCGUCUCUCUACCCGCCUCUCCCACUCUCUCAUCCUCUCUGUACACAUCUCUCCCCCUAUUUCUUUCUCCGUCUCUCUACUCGACUCUCCCACUCUCUCAUCCUCUCUGUACACAUCUCUCCUCCUAUGUCUUUCUCCGUCUCUCUACCCGCCUCUCCCACUCCCUCAUCCUCUCUGUACACAUCUCUCACCCUAUGACAUUCUCCGUCUCUCUACCCGCCUCUCCCACUCUCUCACCCUCUCUGUACACAUCUCUCCUCCUAUGUCUUUCUCCGUCUCUCUACCCGCCUCUCCCACUCUCUCAUCCUCUCUGUACACAACUCUCACCCUAUGUCUUUUCCGUCUCUCUACCCCGCCUCUCCCUCCUCAUCCUCUCUGUACACAUCUCUCCUCCUAUGUCUUUCUCCGUCUCUCUACCCACCUCUCCCACUCUCUCAUCCUCUCUGUACAAUUCUCUCCGCCUAUGUCUUUCUCCGUCUCUCUACCCGCCUCUCCCACUCACUCAUCCUCUCUGUACACAUCUCUCACCCUAUGUCUUUUUCCGUCUCUCUACCCGCCUCUCCCUCUCUCAUCCUCUCUCAACACAUCUCUCACCCCUAUGUCUUUUCCGUCUCUCUACCCCCCUCUCCCCUCUCUCAUCCUCUCUGUACACAUCUCUCACCCUAUGUCUUUCUCCGUCUCUCUACCCGCCUCUCCCAAUCUCUCAUCCUCUCUGUACACAUCUCUCACCCUAUGACUUUUUCCGUCUCUCUACCAGCCUCUCCCACUCUCUAUUCCUCUCUGUACAUCUCUCACCCUAUGUCUUUUGCCUCUCUCUACCCCACCUCUCCCUCUCUCAUCCUCUCUGUACACAUCUCUCACCCUAUGUCUUUUUGCGUCUCUAUACCCGCCUCUCCCACUCUCUCAUCCUCUCUGUACACAUCUCUCACCCUAUGACUUUUUCCGUCUCUUAUCCCGCCUCUCCCACUCUCUCAACCACUCUGUACAAUUCUCUCCGCCUAUGUCUUUUUCCGUCUCUCUACCCGCCUCUCCCACUCUCUCAUCCUCUCUGUACACAUCUCUCACCCUAUGUCUUUUUCCGUCUCUCUACCCGCCUCUCAACUCUCACAUCCUCUCUGUACACAUCUCUCACCCCUAUGUCUUUUCCGUCUCUCUACCCCGCCUCUCACACUCUCUCAUCCCUCUCUACACAUCUCUCUCACCAUAUGUCUUUCUCCGUCUCUCUACCGCCUCUCCCCUCUCUCUCAUGCUCUCUGUACAUCUCUCACCCUAUGUCUUUUCCGUCUCUCUACCCGCCUCUCCCUCUCUCAUCCUCUCUGUACACAUCUCUCACCCCUAUGGCUUUUGCGUCUCUCUACCCGCCUCCCCCUCUCUCAUCCUCUCUGUACAUCUCUCACCCUAUGUCUUUUUCCGUCUCUCUACCCCGCCUCUCCCCCUCUCUCAUCAUAUCAUACACAUCUCUCACCCCUAUGUCUUUUCCGUCUCUCUACCCCGCCUCUCCCACUCUCUCAUCAUAUCUGUACACAUCUCUCACCCCUAUGUCUUUUUCCGUCUCUCUACCGCCUCUCCUCUCUCAUCCUCUCUGUACACAUCUCUCACCCUAUGUCUUUCUCCGUCUCUCUACCCCCUCUCUCUCUCUCUCAUCCUCUCUACACACAUCUCUCCUCCUAUGUCUUUCUCCCGUCUCUCUACCCCGCCUCUCCCUCUCUCAUCCUCUCUGA